GGGUCAGAAGUUGAGAAGUGAGCCAAACGGAUUUUGUUUGUUUAAAGAAACUGCAAGUAAAAAGGAACAGGCGGGAUGGUAGAUCAGUAUCUUGGUCAGAAACAGCCGCUCUCGGAAUAUCUAACAUCAUUCUGAAUCCACGCUGAAUUGAUGCACAACGAAAGAAAAUUAAAAUGUGUGGAAUGAAAUGCAUCACUUUUUCGCUGUGGAUUAAUAUUCUCAAUGUAAUAACAGAAAUUCCCGGUUUUGAACUAGAAUUAACGCCACCAAAACCAGUAAUUCAUGUUGGUAAGGAUUUGGAGCUGACCUGUCGCGUGAAUGUUUGUCCGGGUAAUGUGACCUUUGUGUGGACUGCAUUAGUGGACAGAUAUCACGGCGGAGUUUCUAAAAACGAGCGUACUGUUUCCCACCUGCUGAUCAAAAACAUCACAGUUAAACACAGUAUUGGCAUCGUGUGUAAAGCUUCCUGUGAGAGACAACCAAAACAGAAAACGUCACAUAUACAAGUGUUCUCAUUUCCACAAGAUCCUGUACUGCCCGAAAUAAGGAGUUUGAUAGAAAACCAAACACAGAAGCUCAGCUGCAUAGUCCACAACGUUUACCCUUUGAAGUGUUUAAAAAUUGAGUGGCUUCGUGGAGAUAAGACACUCUUUGAGGAUGAACCUCAUUACAUAGAUGAUUACGAUGAUGUUCAGAAUUUUACCUCUCAGUUCAAUUACACACCUUCUGUUUUGGAUCGGGGCAAGAAUAUCACUUGCAAGGCUAGAAUGAGUUCCACUGAAUUUGGAUUGAACGAAACUCGUAAUUCGAUUGCUGAAUAUGGUCCAGGGACUAUCACAACUUCCAUUAAUAAUCCCUCGGUAAAGCUUGGCGAACAUUUGGAGAUAACAUGUCAUGCAGAUGGAAAUCCCAAACCAACAAUCUUGUGGUUUAAAGAGGAGAAUGAACCUGCACUUCAGAGCCAGAAUGAAGCGCUAAUAAUAAAUAAGGCUUCCUGGUCUCAGGCAGGUUGGUACCACUGUAAUGCGAGCAAUGCAGUGGGAAGCCUGCAAAAGAGGAUAAAAGUCACUGUUCUAGGUCCUCCGAACAUCCCCAAAAUCCAGCUAAGCCAUAGAGGAGACCCCAAAGAAGGAGAGAACAUAAGCAUAUUGUGUUCUUCAGAUGAUGGGUCAGCAGAACUCACUCUGUAUAGACAGUCUCAGAGAACUGAGUCAGAAGCUUUGAACAAAUCAGCUGUUCUUUUAAAAAUCCCAUCACUCCAAAUAAUAGACGCAGGGAUUUACGUUUGUGAAGCAAAAAAUGAUUUUGGCAGUGAGAGAAGCACAAUUAACAUUACAGUCGAAGCACAGCACAAUGUCUUGAAAAUGCCAGACCUGCCUGUAGCCAUACUGCCCAUUGUAGGGUCAGUGUCACUGCUGACUAUCGCUGGGCUGCUGAUCCGAUACUGCAGAAAGAAAGCCAGAAGCAACUCCAGUAACGUCAGCUAAACAGAUGAAGAACACACCAACUAAAUGAAGCAUUUUUCUGCUGAAAGGAACAUUCACCUGGACAUUAUCUAUACUGCAAAUAUCUCAUGGACAGGUGAAUACAAAGCUGGACUGUGUUUUCUGUAUUUCUUUAGUAAUUUUGUGACUACCAGUGUAUUUUCUUAUAAGAUUGAUAUUUGAUAGACAAUAUCUAAAUGCAAUGUGUAUAGAGGUCCCCAAAAACGUUUUACACAAAACUCAAAAAUGUCUGAAAGUCACUGCAUUACAGGUGCUGGUCAUAUAAUUAGAAUAUCAUCAAAAAGUAAUUUUUUUUAUUGUAAAUUAUUUUUAAAAAUGAAACUUUCAUAUAUUGUAGAUUUC